AUGAACCCCCGUGCUUUGUACCGUUGUGCCUUUUACUCCCUGAGUCUUGCAGCUUUUGUGGUUGGGCACAUCCAUCCAGAAUGUGACUUUUUAGCUGAGCUGAAGAGAAAUGAGAAUGAAUGUCUGAGGGGCGCUGAAGAUCAUGGAAAUGAAACAGCAGGUUGCAGGAAAACAUGGGACAGGUUACUGUGCUGGCCGAAUACAGAAGCUGGUGAGACUCUCACCUUGCCCUGCCCGCAGGUUCUCUUUCACUUCCUCAAGGAGCCAGGCUUGGUAAGAAGAAACUGUACAGUGAAUGGCUGGUCUGAUCCAUAUCCCUCCUAUCACAUUGCCUGUCCAGUGAACGAUGAGAUUCCAGUUGAGGAACAGUCCUAUUUUUCUACUGUAAAGAUCAUCUACACUGUGGGCUACAGCAUUUCUAUCUCCUCCCUCACCCUGGCUGUGACUGUUCUUAUUGCAUUCAGGAGACUCCGCUGUCCCAGAAAUUAUAUCCACAUCCAGCUCUUUCUCACCUUCAUCUUGAAAACGAUUGCCAUUUUCAUUAAGGAUGCGGUCCUCUUCCAGAAGGAAGAUAUUGACCAUUGCAGCUUCUCUACAACUGAAUGCAAGAUAUCAGUGGCUUUCUGUCACUAUUUUAUGAUGACUAAUUUCAUGUGGCUGCUGGUAGAGGCGCUUUACCUGAACUGUCUGCUCUUAUCAUCCUUUCCUCAUGGAAGACGCUAUUUUUGGUGGCUUGUUCUGUUUGGAUGGGGUUUCCCAACAUUUUUUACCGUAGUGUGGAUAUUAGCAAAGCUAUAUUUUGAAGACACCGCAUGCUGGGAUAUUAACCAGGGCUCGCCUUACUGGUGGCUAAUCAAAGGACCUAUUAUCAUUUCUGUUGGGGUCAACUUUAUCCUUUUUAUCAACAUCAUCAGAAUCUUGCUGAAAAAGCUGGACCCGAGACAAAUCAACUUCAAUAAUUCAUGUCAGUACAGACGUCUCUCAAAAUCGACGCUGCUUCUCAUUCCGUUAUUUGGGACACAUUACAUUGUCUUCAACUUCCUCCCCGAAUACACCAACCUGGGAGUCCGGCUAUAUUUAGAGCUUUGCAUUGGAUCUUUCCAGGGGUUCAUCGUAGCCGUUCUGUACUGUUUCCUUAAUCAAGAGGUGCAAGCGGAAAUUGGCCGGAGAUGGCAUGGGAAGAGCUAUGGAUUUAUGCCAGUGUGGAGGAAGAGGACUAGGUGGACCAUGCCAUCUAGUUCUGGGAUAAAAAUGACUACCUCUGUGUGUUAG